UGCUACAGUCGGUCCCCACUCUUACUUCCUGUUUUUAAACCUCCGUCUCUGCGCCUUCUGCCUGCACCACCCACUCCCACCGUGAAAGGAUUCUCGAUUCAGAGGCUCAGUUUCCCUCAAAUUUCAAGCGAUCAGUCUUUGUUACCGGUGUUUGUGGCAAUGUCUGAGCCUGCGAAGCUCCGAUCACGUUCUAAUCCUGUGAUGGAGCCGAGAGCCAUACUUGGUCCAGGCGGGAACAGAGUUGUUAGGGUUAAUGAGGAAUUGAAGCGGAAAACGGAGGGCUUGCAGACGAAGCUGCAGCAGGGGACGAGAAAGACAAUUCAGAAGAUGCCGCAGUCAGCUGUUCGAAAAAAUGUCUCAGUGGACAGCACGUGCUCCUCGGAUUCCUCGUCCACUGGUUCUUCGGAGAAGAUGGUGGUUAGUUCUAGAAGGACUGCAAAGCGUAAUGGAUUGAGGUCUGUCAAGGUUGUUCCUGAUGAAAUUGCAGUGGUUGGGGAGAUUUCGAAGGUGAGUCCGGGUCCCGUGAAGCGAUGUGAUUGGAUAACGCCAAACUCUGAUCCUCUUUAUAUUGCAUUCCAUGACAAGGAAUGGGGAGUUCCAGUUCGUGAUGAUAGAAAGCUGUUUGAGUUACUUGUCUUUUCACAAGCAUUAGCAGAAUUAAGUUGGCCCGCGAUUCUUCACCAAAGGGAUAUAUUUAGGAAGCUUUUUGAUGACUUUAACGCAUCAUCCAUUGCGGAGUUUACUGAGAAGAAGCUACUAUCUCUAAAAGUAAAUGGUAGCCUGUUGCUAUCUGAACCGAAGCUUCGAGCAGUUGUGGAGAAUGCAAAACAGAUGCUCAAGGUUCAAGAAGAGUUUGGUUCUUUCAGUAAUUACUGCUGGAGAUUUGUGAACCAGAAGCCACUAAGAAAUGGAUUUCGUUAUUCGCGUCAAGUACAAGUGAAGACGCCAAAAGCUGAGCUUAUAAGCAAGAAUUUGAUGCAGAGAGGCUUCCGCUGUGUUGGGCCUACUGUUAUUUACUCGUUCAUGCAAGUCGCGGGAAUUGUUAAUGAUCAUCUUGUAACAUGCUUUAGAUACCGAGAAUGCUGUGAAGAACUCAACAAGAAUUUGAAAUCCCAGACGGAGCAGCCAGAAGUUCCAACAAAAGCUUCUGUACCAUAGUAUCAGCCUUUGUUUAUCAGUUACUAACAGAUCUUAUUUGUAUCUAAUUCCUCAUAAUGUGAUGCAGCAUUCUUUUUAUGAUGCAAUUUGACUGUCCAUGUCUUGAGUAAUAAAGCUUUCUGUUCCCAUGUAGAGGACCUUAUAUAUUACA